AUGGUCCUCAGCUGGCUGCUGCUGCUGGGCAUGGCUCUGCCCCCAGGCACGACGGGCACCAAGAACUGCCUGUUCUGUGAGCUGACCGACUCCCUGAGCUGCCCUGGCAUCCCCAUGAACUGCGGCAACGACGAGGACUGCUUCACGGGCCAGGGGACGGCCCCCGGCCUCAGCCCCAUCAUCAACAAGGGCUGCGUGCAAUCCAGUUCCUGUGGCCGCGAGGAGCCUGUCACCUACCAGGGCGUCACCUACAGCCUGGUCUCCACCUGCUGCUACGGCAACCUGUGUAACAGGGCCCCGGUCCCUGCAGGCAGCUGGCCGGUGGGGACCCCCACCAGCCUGGCGCUGGGCGUGCUGCUGCUCCGUGGGCUGUGA